CUCGGCAGCGGCAGCAUGGCGGCGGCGGCGGCGCGGAGAGUGCGUGUCCCCCGGGUGCCGCUUCCGCCGGUAGCGUUGCGUUGGUGUCGAGCACUCACCGGGGCCGCCGAGCCUCCUCCGCCACCGCCACCACCCCCGCCCCUUCCUCCGCCGGCCCCCGCUGGGGGCCGGGCGCUGGCGGCGGCGGUGGGCGCGGGGACGGCGGCGCUGGUGCUGCUGUGGGCCCGGGAGCGCCGGCGGCCCGCGCUGAGCGCAGCCGUGCCCGCCCCGCCGCCCGCUCCGCCGCCCGCCUCGCCCCGCGCCGCCUUCAACUUCAUCGCCGACGUGGUGGAGAAAACGGCGCCCGCGCUGGUCUACGUGGAGAUCGUGGGCAGGCACCCCUUUCUGGGCCGGGACGUGCCCAUCUCCAACGGCUCGGGGUUCCUGGUGUCCCCGGACGGGCUCAUCGUCACCAACGCACACGUGGUUGCCAACCGGCGGCGCGUGCGGGUGAAGCUGGCGAGCGGCGAGCAGUACGACGCCGUGGUGCAGGACGUGGACCAGGUGGCCGACAUCGCCACCAUCAAGAUUAAGCCCAAGCACCCGCUGCCCACGCUGCCGCUGGGCCGCUCGGCCGAGGUGCGGCAGGGCGAGUUCGUGGUGGCCAUGGGCAGCCCCUUCGCGCUGCAGAACACCAUCACCUCGGGCAUCGUGAGCUCGGCGCAGCGCGGCAGCCGCGAGCUGGGCCUGGCCGCCUCCGACAUGGAGUACAUCCAGACCGACGCCGCCAUCGACUUUGGGAACUCCGGGGGCCCCCUUGUCAACCUGGAUGGCGAGGUGAUUGGGGUGAACACCAUGAAGGUGACAUCGGGCAUCUCCUUUGCCAUCCCCUCCGACCGGCUCCGGAAGUUCCUGCAAAGGGAGGAGCAGCGCAAGAGCUCUUGGUUUGGCAAUGCAGAGACGAAGCGCCGGUACAUCGGGGUGAUGAUGCUGACCCUCACUCCCAGCAUCCUGGCAGAGCUGAAGCUGCGUGACCCCAGCUUCCCAGACGUGUCCUACGGUGUGCUGAUCCACAAGGUGAUCAUCGGCUCCCCGGCCCAUCAGGCUGGGCUGAAGGCCGGUGACGUGGUGCUGGAGAUCAACGGGACGGCGUCGCGGCGCACCGAGGACGUGUACGAGGCGGUGCGGACGCAGCAGAACCUGGCCAUGCUGGUGCGCCGCGGCCACGACACGCUGCUGGUGAGCGUCGUGCCUGAGGUGACGGAGUAGCGGGGACCGCCCGGUGCUGACCGGCAGUGCUGGCCCGGGGCUGGGAGCAGGACUGAGCUGUGUCUGUGCCAGCCAGGCAGGCCCUGAGAGCUCAUGCAGGGCUGGAAGGAGCCAGGAGAGGGGCCCAGCCCGGUGCUUGGGUGACUUGUGGUGCAGCAAUUUCCCUCUGUACUCAAAAUAAAGCACUUUUCUAGGGGC